AUGCUGAGACUCAGCAAGUGGGGGUUUCUGGUUCUGACCACUGUUCAGUUCAUGCUGGGAAUGCUGGGGAAUGGUUUCAUAGCGUGGGUCAAUGGCAGCAGCUGGUUCAGGAGCAAGAGGAUCUCUUUGUCUGAUUUCAUCAUCACUAACCUGGCUGUCUCCAGGAUUGUUUUGCUGUGGAUUCUCUUGAUUGAUGGUGUUUUACUGGUGUUCUCUUCCAAACUACAUGAUGAAGGGAUACUCAUGCAAAUUAUUGAUGUCUUCUGGACAUUUACAAACCAUCUGAGCAUUUGGCUUGCCACCUGUCUCAAUGUCUUCUACUGCCUGAAAGUGGCCAGUUUCUCCCAUCCUACGUUCCUCUGGCUCAAGUGGAGAGUUUCCAGGGUAGUCGUAUGGAUGCUAUUGAGUUCCCUGCUGUUAUCAUGUUGCAGCGCCAUCUCUCUGAUCCGGGAAUUUAAGAUGUAUUCUGUUCUCGGUGGAAUUGACGAAACUGGGAAUAUGACUGAGCUCUUUAGAAAGAAAGAAAAAGAAUAUAAACUGAUCCAUGUUCUUGGGACUCUGUGGAACCUCCCUCCCCUAGUCAUAUCUCUAACCUCCUACUUUCUGCUCAUUCUCUCCCUUGGGAGGCACAUGCGGCAGAUGCGUCAAAAUUGUGCCAGCCCCAAAGAUCCCAGUACCGAGGCCCACAGGAGGGCCAUCAGAGUCAUCCUCUCCUUCCUCUUUCUCUUCCUACUCUACUAUUUUUCCUUUUCAGUUUUAACAUCCAGUUAUUUCCUACCAGCAACUAAGAUGAUUUCGAUGAUUGGAGAAGUAAUUGCAAUGUUAUAUCCUGUUGGUCACUCCUAUGUUCUCAUUCUGGGAAAUAGCAAGCUGAAGCAGAUGUUUGUGGCAAUGCUCCGAUGUGAGCCUGGAUGUCUGAAGCCUGGAUCCAAGGGAUCUGUUUAUCGAUAG